AUGCUAUCAACUGUUGAGGAGAGCCGCGGGUACGAUUUUCAGGACCCGGAAAACGCCGAAAAAUGGAGAGGUCUCUUUGUCAACUCGCUCAAAAAGGAGUUGGAGUCGGUGCAUCCAACGCUAAACGCAGAAGAGAGUGCAUUGCAGUAUGUGGAGUCGCUCUGUCUGCGGCUGCUGGCAAUGCUCUGCGCUGUCCCUUCCCCACUUACUGUACAGGACGUGGAAGAACGCGUGGCUCGUUCGUUUCCGACGCCACUGGACAAAUGGGCUCUUGCAGACGCGAAGGAAAACACGUCACAACGCCGCAAGCGUGCCCUCUUGCCCGUCGAUAAAAUACAUCAUAUGCUACAGAAGGAGGUACUUCUGUACAAAGUGGACAUAUCGGUGUCGGUGUUUAUGACCGCCAUCUUAGAAUUCGUGAGUGCUGACAUAUUGAAGUUAGCGGGUAAUUUCGUGAAGAAAAUCUCCCGAUCUGGCUACGAGACGAUUACUUGUAGCGAUAUCAAGACUGCUAUGUGUGCCGAUAAGGUGUUGAUGGACAUGUUCUAUCAAGAGUCUGAGGCGGCAUGGGCGCCUGAGCCCCGCGCUCGUACACACUCGCUGACGUACGGCGAUCUAGUGCGAGACUUGCUCGCAGACGAGAAACAUUUCCUUAGAGAUUUACACCUCAUUAUAAGGGUGUUUAAGGAUGAGAUAGAUAAAAUACUAGACCACGACACUCGGUCGAUAUCUCUCAUAUUCGGGAACAUAGUUGACAUAUACGAGCUCACGGUGACUCUUUUGGGGAAUCUGGAAGACGCUAUAGAGAUGUCGCAGGAUUCACCCACACCGUACAUCGGCAGCUGCUUCGAGGAAUUAGCGGAGGUGGAGGAAUUCCGUGCGUACGUGCGGUACGCGAACAUAGUGACACGGAAAGAGUCGAGGGACGCUUUACAGAAUAUCGUCGAUGAUCCUGUGUUAUCAGAACGGCUGGACACCGCUGGUCACGGAUUCCGUCUUGCUGUCAAAUAUUAUUUGCCGCGGUUACUUCUAGCACCAGUGGCUCACGUGUUCCUUUAUCACACAUAUGUACUGGCUCUGCUUCAGAUCGCACCCGCAUCAGAUGACAGAGAGAGUUUCAAGCAGGUGGAAUGCAACUUACAUCCAAUAAAAGAAUUAUUAAUAAAACGCUUAGGAAAUGGACCAAAGAUGGACGCAACGUUAAGAAUGGCGUCGCGCACUCGUCGACAGCUCGCUAUAGAGAAAUGCAAUGAGUUAUCGCGAAUAGUUGAUAACUGGGAUAACCGGGACAUAGGACAGUGUUGCAACGAAUUUAUAAGAGAGGACACAUUAUCGAAGAUAGGUCCGGGCAAGAGGAUAGCAGAGCGACGCGCUUACUUAUUUGACGGACUAUUGUUGCUGUGCAAACCAGUCGCAGGACUAGUUAAUGCGGUGAAUAGCGGCAGUUUGACGACGGGUGUGGGUGGAUCGCAACAGCUCAAACUGAAAGAGAAACUGCAUAUACGGAAACUUGAGCUUGUUGAUAGACCCGAUACUGACGAAUUCCGUAAUUUAGUGGAGUUAUGUCCACGCGUUGGUCCGCCAGUAGUUUUGGCUUUGGGUUCCGGCGCUGAGAAAAGACACUGGAUGUGUGAUCUAGUAAUGCUCAACACUAAACCUAUGUUAGACAGGAGCUUAGACAGCAUCCUACUGGAUCUGGAGAGGCGGCAUCCGUUGAAACUGCCCCCGGUAUCGUUGUAUCGGUUUGCGGUACCUGACUCGCCACAGAAUAUAGUUUUGGAAGAGAGAAGCCCACAGAGUAACGCGCCGCCGCUAAUAAAGGGUGCUACUCUGCUGAAACUGGUAGAACGUCUCACUUACCACAUAUACGCUGAUCUGAGUCUGGUGCGGACAUUCCUCACCACGUACAGAUCGUUCUGUUCACCGGCUGAACUGCUAGACUUGCUAAUAGAAAGGUUCCGGAUACCGGAGCCCAGUGAGGUGUAUGAUGCCCCUAUGGAGAGCAUAGAAUGCACUCCCAGCAGCGACGCGGAGAAACUAAGCAAGAACACAGCGAGAGAAGACUGGAAGAGGUAUCGAAAAGAGUUUCAGCAACCUGUAAAGUUUAGGGUAAUAAAUGUGCUAAGGCAUUGGGUGGAUCAACAUUUCUACGACUUUGAACGAGAGCCCGUGCUCCUAGAUCGGCUCAGGGAAUUCCUGGAAUCAGUCGACGGGAAACCGAUGAAGAAGUGGGUGCAAAGUGUCCUCAAAACGCUCCAAAGAAAGAGCGGUCAGAACAUGGAAUGGGAAGUGGGAAGCGUCUCAUCGCUGUCUUCAGUGUCUCACGUGUUUGAUAGGGCUCCGCCCCCUGUGCUCAAACACGUAGGGUCCCCAGACAAACAUUCGUGGCAUCCUCUCUCGCUGCACCCUUUAGAGUUCGCCAGACAGCUAACUUUAUUGGAGUUUCAACUUUAUAGACAAGUAAAACCUUCAGAAUUGGUUGGUGCAGUGUGGACAAAGAAAGACAAAGAGAAAACUAGUCCCAAUCUGCUACGGAUUAUCAAACAUACCACCAACCUCACACGAUGGAUGGAGAAGUGGAUAGUGGAGAGCGAGAACUUAGAAGAGCGAGUGGGUGUUGUGUGCCGAGUGGUAGAAGUGGGUAUAGCGUUACGGGACUUGAACAAUUUCAACGGAGUGCUCGCAGUGGUGGCGGCUUGUGGGAGUGCAUCGGUGCAUCGACUGAGAAAUACGUUCCAGAUGCUCCCACCUCGUCUAAUACGCGCGCUAGAAGAGUUCAGGGAAUUGAACUCUGACCACUUCCGUCGUUACCAAGAGAGAUUGCGUAGCAUCAAUCCACCGUGUGUGCCGUUCUUGGGGAUGUACCUCACUAACAUACUACAUAUAGAAGAAGGGAACUUGGAUUACCUGCCCAACUCGGAGUUGAUAAACUUCUCGAAGCGACGUAAGGUUGCCGAGAUUACAGGCGAGAUCCAGCAGUACCAGAACCAACCUUACUGCCUCACGAUGGACCCUAAGACCAGGGCGUUCCUCGAGUCCCUGGAUCCGUUCCCAGGCAUGGAUGACAAUGAAAUCACCAAUUAUUUAUACGCGAAGAGUCUAGAAAUCGAACCUCGACCGCCGCUCAAGCAGAUGCCAAAGUUUCCCCGUCGAUAUCCGGAAUUGUCAUUGAAGCAAGUAAAAGUGUCGCGGCGACAUCAUGACGCACCCGCUCACUCCACCUCAAGCAACGAUGACAAUCUCAGUGUAUCUCAACUGUCACCCACUAGCGGCAGCACGUGGGACGGCACAUCCGUAGCCUCAUUGCAACUCCAUACGGAUGACCAUAGAGGUAGUAAAUGUGACGAGCGGAGUUUAGCAAGUCCUCGGUUAGAGAGAGCGGGCAGCAGCUCAUUCGGCCAACUCAGUCUCUUAGACAAGGGGCUAGCCUUAUUCGACAAGGGCAAGAGCACCGUAUCACUCAAUAGCAAAGGAUUAGGUCGUGACGAGCCGCCUUCACCGCGUGACCGACAUUCACCGAGACAUGAUAGGACUGGUUCGUUGAGUGCGGGGAUAGGAGCGGGCUUAGGGCUGGGUAUGAGUGCGGGAGGCGGCGAGCGGGAGAGGAAACCGCAGGCGUUGUCACCGCGCGGAGCCAUUGUAGACUCGGAGCUGUUCUACUCCAGAACUAACAGAAAACCAGAUCAGGAACGUGUGCCGCCAUUAUUACCGCGCACGUCACCAGGAGCGCCUCCACCCCCGCCCCGACCCACAUCACCCAGACACCAUACACACCAGCCGCAACCGCUGCAUCAACAACACCCCCCCGCUGUGAACGCAACGUGGUCGCCGCCUAGUGAACCAAUACCUAGUCCAAAAUUACAAGAACUAAGCAGAUUGCCCGGUAUGUCUCCGAAAAGAUCACCAGCGCCGCAACCUCCUGUCAGUCCUCUACAUAAUGACAGGAGCAGCGCGUUCAAGUUUCCGUCUGCUGCCCCCGCGCCCGUCACAGCACCACCGCCCCCGCCCCCGCCCCCACCCCUCACACCGCAUCCGGUGUCGUGCGGCACUCCGCCCCCGCUGCCCCCGCGUCGCCGCCGCGACUCCGCCGCUCCCCACACCCCCGCCCCAGCACCGGACACUCAUAGAAGCAGCCAGUCUAGCAGUAGUUGUACUCCGCCGCCGUUACCGCCGCGCCCCGCUCCUGCGCCUGCGCUCCCCGUGCCUGCCCCCGCCCCCGCCCCGGAGUUGCUGCGUCCCGCUCACUCCACUAUAUUGCAGCGACGGCAUCAUUCCAGUAUGGCGCCGCGGUUGCCGCCGAAGCCUCCGCCCGCAUCGGGCGUGGGCGGGGUGGGGACAGUGGCGGGUGGGGUGGUGAUGGGCGUGGCGCGCGGCACGUAGCACGCAAAGUGCGUGCUGCGCGCCACUGCCCCUGCGCCCCGCACGCUCCACAUACACUACACCUCCGACACGCUGUGACUCAUAUACCGCUCGCAUGAUACCCGCUCCGCAGCACUGAUCUCUGUAUAUAUAGUCCGUAUCACAUAGCAUUGGUACGAUGACGUUUGUUAAAAAUCUAUUUCGUGCAACUUGUAUUUCUUACUUAUUAAAAACCAUAGUUAUGAAAUUUAAUUAGACUAUGUGUAGGUAUUAGAUAUUUAUUUAAGUUUUCUUAUUAAGACACAAAUAAGUUUUAAAUUGCCAUAAUUACUGAAACCUAACCCUUUAAAGUUUGAAGCAUACUUAUAUCGAAAAUUAAAGGACCUUCUUUAAAAUUUUUGAUUAUUUUUCGGAUAGGGGUUAUCUUUUUGAUGAAUUAACCAC